AUGGCAGCCACCAAUGGGACAGGUAAGCCUCUCUUGGAGUUCAUCUUGAAUGGGAUCCCAGGCCUGGAACAUGCUCACCUUUGGAUCUCCUUCCCAUUUUUUUCCAUGUAUCUCAUUGGCAUGGUGGGGAACUGUGGGCUCCUGUACAUCAUCUGGACUGAGGAGGCCCUUCACAGACCCAUGUACUUCUUCCUCUGCAUGCUCUCCAUCACAGACAUAGUGAUGGGAACAUCUACCAUGCCCAAAGCAUUCUGCAUCUUCUGGCUCAACCUCAAAGAGAUCGACUUCAACUCCUGCCUGGUCCAGAUGUACAUUGUCCACACCUUCACUGGGAUGGAGUCUGGCGUCCUCAUGCUUAUGGCUCUGGACAGAUUCGUGGCCAUCUGCUACCCACUGAGGUAUGCCACCAUUCUGACCAACCCCUUGAUUCUGAAGGUGGGGCUAGUGACCUUCAUCAGGGGCGCCGUUCUCAUCCUCCCUUUCCCUUUCCUGGUCAGGAAGAUGCAAUAUUGCAACACCAACGUCAUUGCUCACACUUACUGUGACCACAUGGCGGUGGUGAAGCUGGCCUGCGGCAGUAUCCACGUGGACGCCAUCUAUGGCCUGACGGUAGCCCUGCUGAUAGGGGGCUUCGACAUCUUCUGCAUCACAGUGUCUUAUUUCAUGAUCCUGAAGGCGGUGGUGGGACUUUCCUCUAAGGAGGCAAGGAGCAAGGCCUUUGGCACCUGCACCGCACACAUUUGCGCCAUCACGGUAUCUUACACUCCGGCCUUCUUCACGUUCUUUGCCCACCACUUUGGGGGACACAGCAUCGCUCCUCACGUUCACAUCAUUAUGGCCAACCUUUACCUUCUUCUGCCCCCUAUGAUGAACCCCAUUGUUUAUGGUGUGAAGACAAAAGAGAUACGUGAAAGCGUCCUAAGGCUGUUCAGUAAGGGAAAGACCAUGGUGCCUCAUGGCCAUUGA